GUAAAAUGACGAAAACAGAUUCUGAAAAUGGCAGGCUGGAAUUAGAAAAUGCAAACGACAGAAGUAUUAUUUCUGAAUAUCCAAAUGGAAAAAUGAAAUCAGAGUUGCAUAAUCAUAAUCCUUCUUCUGUCAGGGAAGCUGGUGUAAGUAAGUCUAAUUCCUCGCUAAGCAGUUUGAACAGCCAGGGAUCGGUCAACUCUGGUAAUGAAGAUUCGCCAAGGAGAAUAAUGGGGAUAAAGUGGACUCAGGGAGGACGAAGCAGACUCGGAAAAGGGACAAAAAACCUACUGGAUAAAUGGAAAACUCAUGCCUCUAAAUCUAUUGACCUAAGUGGAAAAGAUAACAUGUUGUCAGGUAAUCCGGAGCUAAAUGAGAGCAAAGAAGAAGUCAAUGGCGGUGACAUGGAAAAGAAGUCAACUUGGAAGGAACAUGUGUGGAGCACGUUUAUUCACAGAGGAUAUAGCGAUGAUGUUACAGAAUCAGAACCUAAGAUGGAUGGAAGAGAGUUUCUGACUGAAUUUCAGAUCGAUAAAUUCAGAUAUUUCUUCUAUCAUGUACUAGAUCUUAAUAAUGAUCAUGUUAUCUCUGAAGAGGAUUUUUUAAAGCUCAACGAUAGGAUAAGGCACUAUAUGGAUUGGUCAGUAAAUACCAUUCAAUUUUUAGCACUGAAAGAAGUUCAUAAUAUAUUUCAGGAAUGCUUUCUGUACACAGCUGCGGAGAUUGAACGCAGUAAAACUAAACCUGAACACUGGGACCCGUUCUCCAAACCAGCAGAAAUAGAGGCAAAGUGCUGUGUGGCAUUAGAAGAAUGGUUGGAUGUUUGGGGAAACUUAGUAUCAAAAGCAAGAAACAUUCAUGACUUACCAAUGUGGCUACAGUACUAUCCUAAGAUAUUGUUUGACACAAUAAACAGAAGUGGUUCAGGAGUAAUCUCUAAAAACGAGCUUCGGUUGUUCUACACAGCUUUCCUGGACGUAGGAAAACUAGGGGAAAAGAAAAUAAGGUGUAUAACGGACAAAGCAUACACUGCUAUGACAUCAAACGGAGAUGUGAAAUUAACUUUUCACAUUUAUAAACUCAGUUUUCUUAAUUUUCUUCUUGGAAGACAACCAAACGGUCCUGGACAAUUUAUUUUUGGAUCUGUGCCAUCAACUUCAGGGAGAGCAAUAUUCACAGUCGACUACAGCGCCCUCAACACAAGAGACGAAGAAAGGGAAACAUUCUCACAGCUAAAACUAGAACACAAGGGUUCCAGGAAGUCAAUAGUUGUAUGAUCAUAUUAAUUAAUAUUUAUGAAUUAUCAUUAUCAAUUAUCAAUUUUACAUUUUCCACUUUAAUCGUUCUCUGAUCUUUACUUUUUGCUUAUUCAUUACCAUUAUAUGCAUAAUCAUUAUUAUUCCAAGAAUGAAAAAAUGUGUCAUGGUAGUUUAUGAUAAGGUGUACACCUGAAAACAAUUCAUAUUGCAAAAAUAAACAAACACUCGGAAGUUGGUUAGUUUACUAUACACAAUCAUUUCAAAACUUCUGACUACUGAUACUUAUUGUCCUUUAAUAUUAUGUUUGCCGCAGAAGUGGAGCAAAGAUCGACCCUUUCCGGCUCAACAUAUCUUUUUAAUAUAUAUGACUUGUCCGUCUGUUAGGGUGUUUGUAUCUGUUAACCGUCAAAACAGGUGAACCAAUUGGGCUUAUAUUUUCUGUUGUAACUAACAAGAUAUAUACGGGAAGGUUUAAAGACGGUGCAGUGCAGAUGGAGUUUCAUAUAUGGUAGGAAUGCAACCUUGUGUACUGUAUAAGUGGGAAUAUUUCCGGGGUAUUGUGAAAACAAUUGACUUUAUAAAGCCAGUUGUAAACAAGCCACGCAUUUGUAUUUUGAUUAGAAGUACAGUACGAAUAGUUUCCCAAUGUACAAAAUAGCAGGACAUUCUAUAACGCAUUUUCUGAUUUUGUGUUCAAUCUGAAGUAAUUUCAUUAAUGCUUUUACUGUAAACUAUUUCAAACGUUUUUAAACUUUAAAAACAUGGCAGGGUGUAAAUAAGGGAGUUAUUAGGGCUAGUACCC